GCAUAAUAGUCAUUCAGCAAAUAAAAUCAAAUCGCGAGUGUGAGAGAGAAAGGAGGGGACGAUUAGCAUUUUCAAUUUCACCUUUGCAGUUUGCAGCCGCGAGAGAGAGAAUAGAAAGCGAAGCGUAAAAAGAAAAAACCGAAAGAAGAAGAAAGAAAAAUGGGUAAGGAUCUGAGCGACGAGCAGGUAGCUUCGAUGAAGGAAGCUUUCACUCUCUUCGAUACGAGCGGCAGCGGGCGGAUCGCUCCGUCGGAGCUUGGGAUCCUUAUGAGGUCACUGGGCGGCAACCCCACCCAGGCACAACUCAAAGCCAUCAUCGCCGAAGAGAACCUCACCGCACCCUUCGAUUUUCCUCGAUUUCUAGAUCUGAUGGCCAAGCACAUGAAGGCUGAGCCCUUUGAUCGCCAGCUCCGCGACGCCUUCAAGGUCCUCGACAAGGACAACACCGGCUACGUCUCCGUCUCUGAGCUCCGCCACAUCCUCACCAGUAUUGGCGAGAAGCUCGAGCCCUCUGAGUUUGACGAGUGGAUCAGGGAGGUUGAUGUUGGCCCCGAUGGUAAGAUCCGUUACGAGGAUUUCAUCGCCAGAAUGGUUGCUAAGUAAACUCCUCACAUAUCAGAUCCUUGCAAAAUCCAUUCGCUCUGCUUCUGGAUUUUCCUAAAUGUGUUCUUUCUUUUUUCUCAGCUAUUUCCGUAUUGCUGUUUCUUCUUCUUCUUUUUAUUUAUUUAUUUUUGGUCAUGUUUGGUUUUUGUUUUGUGACGUUUCCUUUAGUGGACGAACGGGUAAACCAUGUUAUGCCCAUUUUGGUUUUUUGCCAUAUUAAUGUCAUCAUGUAGCUAACAACGGGUCGUUUUAGGGAUUCAAAAGUUGCUUGGAUUGAAUAUAUGUGAAUGGUGAGAUCUGAAGCGGUCUUUAUCUGCUUCUGCUGUAAUUGUUUAUUGGCUAAAUAGACUAAGGCCAUGGUUGCGCAAA